AUGGUCCGCAAUAUCCUGGACAUCUCCAAGAAGAGAGGCACGGAUGUGGACGUCAACAGCAUGACACAGGCGGGUUAUACUCCUCUACACGUCGCUGUCAUACACGGACAUGAUGGAGUAGUAACCUUGCUGGUGAGAGACUAUGGAGUGAAUACACUGAGCAGACUGAUGGGACAAAGGAGACAAACACCACGCUGCGGCCUUUCACUCGGAUCGUCCCCGACCACGUCAAAUCUAGCUGACGAGUUUGGCGAUUCCGCUUUGUACCAACAUGGCAGUAUCUUGUCACCCCUUCUGAAGGCGCUAACGGCACAGGGAGAUACAUGGCGAUCCACCCCAGUAAUGAGACCCGAGUCGAGAUAUGUUCGAUACAUGAAAAGACUGUACAGGAUAUCUUCAAGACAUGAGAGGAGUUCGGAAGGAAACCACUUGUACAACACAGUUCGACUUAUAACACCGCGGGAUGAGUGCCUGGAGCAAAGCAAAAAGUUCUUCAUGCAAGACCUCUCCUACAAUUUGGGCCGUGUCAGAGCCAAGGAGCAGCUGCUGAAGUCUGUCCUGCUGUACUCCUUUGACCAAGAGCAGGCCACGUCCAUAACUAACCAGUGUUACCAAGAUUUGAAAGAGCAGGAUACCCACAAUCAGUGUCCUCUCUGCCCAAGCACCCAUCACUCAGUUAACUUCCUGUUCCACACGGACCGCAGGAGGAAGUGGGUUGAGGUGGACAUCACAGCUUUCCUCCGCCCUCUCAUCCAGUCCCACAAGAAGGACAUUCACCUACUGAUCAACCUGACCUGUGUGGAGGACAGAGGCAGAGGGGCUAAGGCUGGAGGAGAGGAGUGGAGCGGUAGGGGCCCCGUGGAGCUCCACUUAAGGUCUCCGUCCUUGCUCCUGUACCUCAACGACACCAGCGAGCUGGCUCACCAAAGAUGGCUGCCCACCAGGUCACAAGGUCAUCCGAGGUCAGCCAAUGAGGUGAACACCUUAGAGAGCCUGGCGGAGUUCAAACCGGAACAAAGGAUCAGCCAGAGCGAGAGGAGGCGGCUGAGGAGAGAAUCUCCAUAUCUGUCGACGAACAACACAGGAGGCAAAACGAGCACGAAGACCGUCCUCCCGGACCUCCUCCCGAGUUCUGACUUCCCUACGAGCGACUGUGCCUUGUACGACUUCAGAGUGAGCUUCAGUGAGCUCAAACUGAGCCAUUGGAUCAUUUUCCCCCACAGGUACAACCCCAGGUACUGUAAAGGCACCUGUCCCAGGGCUGUGGGGUUCAUCUACGGCUCCCCCAGACACACCUUCUUCCAGAACAUGAUCUACCACAAACUGGACUCCUCUGUGCCAAGACCUUCCUGUGUUCCUUCAGAGUACAACCCCCUGAGUGUUUUAACCCUUGAAGCUGACUCCAUUGCGUACAAGGAGUUAGAUGAAAUGAUCGCUACGAGGUGCACAUGUCGCUAA